AGCCACCCAGAGCAGGCCGACCAGCCGAGCAGUGCCAAGGGCCCCGGGCAGAGAUGGGCCUGGCGAUGGAGCACGGAGGCGCCUACUCGCGGGCAGGGGGCAGCGCAAGGGGCUGCUGGUACUACCUGCGCUACUUUUUCCUCUUUGUGUCGCUCAUCCAGUUCCUCAUCAUCCUGGGCCUCGUCCUCUUCAUGGUCUACGGCAACGUGCACGUGAGCACAGAAUCCAACCUGCAGGCCACCGAGCGCCGGGCCGAGGGCCUGUACAACCAGGUCGUGGGGCUCACGGCCUCCCAGGCCAACCUGUCCAAGGAGCUCAACCUCACCUCCCGCGCCAAGGACACCAUCAUGCAGUUGCUGCUGAAUACCCGCCGCGACCUGGACCGGAUCAAUGCCAGCUUCCGCCAGUGCCAGGCUGACCGGGUGAGCUACAUGAACAACCAGCGGUACAUGGUGGCCAUCAUCUUGAGCGAGAAGCAAUGCCAAGAACAACUCAAGGAGACUAACAAGAGCAGCAAUGCCUUGCUCCUCAUGCUGAACCAGAAGGCCAAGACGCUGGAGGUGGAGGUGGCAAAGGAGAAGGAAGUGUGCACCAAAGACAAGGAGGGGCUGGUGCUGAAAAAGCGAAUGGUGGAGGAGCAGCUGACCGAGUGCGGCAAGGCCCAGGAGCAGCAGCGGCGGGAGCGACAGCUGGCCGAGGACCGCCUGCAGAAGGUGCAGGCCCUCUGCCUCCCACUGGACAAGGACAAGUUUGAGAUGGAGCUGCGCAACCUCUGGAGGGACUCCAUUAUCCCACGCACCCUGGACACGAUGGGCUAUAAUCUGUACCAUCCUCUUGGCUCGGAAAUAACCGCCAUCCGGAGAAGCUGCGACCACAUGCCCACCCUCAUGACCACCAAGGUGGAGGAGCUAGCCCGGAGCCUGCGGGCCGGCAUAGAGCGCGUGGCCCGCGAGAACUCGGACAUCCAGCGCCAGAAGCUGGAGGUCGAGCAGGGCCUGCGGGCCAGUCAGGAGGCCAAGGAGAAGGUGGAGAAGGAGGCCCAGGCCCGGGAGGCCAAGCUCCAGGCCGAAUGCGCCCGGCAGACACAGCUAGCCCUGGAGGAGAAGGCAGCACUGCGGAAGGAGCGAGACAGCCUGGCAAAGUUGCUGGAGGAGAAGAAGCAGGAGGCAGAGCAGCUCAAAAUGCAACUGGCUGUCAGCAACUCUGCCCUGGACACCUGCAUCAAAGCCAAGUCGCAGCCGAUGCCUAUACCAAGACCUGUUGGCCCUGCCCCCAACCCCCAGCCCAUCGACCCAGCUGGCCUGGAGGAGUUCAAGAGAAGGAUCCUGGAGUCCCAGAAGCCCCCUGCAGGCCAUGCUAUAGCUCCAUCCAGGACCACAUCGCUGACCAAGGAGUCUGGGAUGGGCAUUGCCAUUCGCAGUUUAGGAGCCGGGGCUCCAGGAGACACGGGGGAUUUUAAGUCAGAUUCCGCUGACCCCAAGCCUGUGCCUCCCAUGGGCUCUACCAGCAAGAAUGUGGUCAACCUGCGGCUGAGGAGGCUCCAGGCCCUGAGGACCAAGGUAUGGCCCCGCCUGGCCAGUCUGCGGACUCCGGGCAGCGAGAUGCCCACGGCGCAGCCUGCAGCCAGGGCCCCGGCCGGCCGAACGCCCGCGCACACGCCCGAGUGGCUGCCCUUGGCCUCUGCCCCACGCCCGUCCCUCCCCACACCCCACGACGCCCUCUGA